AUGUGUCCACCUCAAAUUUUGGAAGAAACCAUGAAAAAUAUUGGACGAUUGGUGAAAAGUGCCGGAGCAAGAAAACUCCCAGUAAUGGUCCGCACCACGAAUGAUGUGAUACAUGCCGCUGUAAAUUUCCCUAGUAAACGAGUGUGCCCUAUCUUCCAAGUUUCCAAUGUCGAAGGAACUAACCUUGAUCUCCUCAGGCAGUUUUUAAAUAUCGUUCCAUUGCGUCGUACGCUUUGUGAAGGAGAUCCAGCUCAUUUCCAAAUUGAUGAUGUCUACUGGGUGGAAGGAGUCGGUACUGUAGUCUCUGGAACAGUACUCGCCGGAACUAUCAAAGUGAACGACACGCUCCUACUUGGCCCAAAUUCAGUGGGCGAGUUCAUUCCCCUGCCAGUGAAAUCUAUUCAUCGAAAGCGAUUACCAGUCUCAAGUGUUCGAUGCGGUCAAACGGCUUCAUUCGCUUUGAGGAAAAUCACUAAGCGUGAAGUGAGGAAAGGCAUGGUUAUGGUAGAUCCUCGUUUGAACCCAGUCUCCAGUAUGCAGUUUGAAGCAGAGAUUCUGAUAUUGCAUCAUCCUACCACGAUAAAGCCUAAUUACCAAGCUAUGCUGCACAUUGGGUCCAUAAGGCAAACUGCUACACUCGUUAGCAUGACAAAGGAGGUUCUGCGCACUGGUGAUCGUGACCGAGUAAUGUUUAGAUUCAUUCGUCUACCCGAAUACAUACGGCCAGGUACCCGUAUGGUUUUCCGUGAAGGCCGCACGAAAGCCGUCGGUACAGUGGUGAAUGUGAUUCCACAAGCAACGUUAGCACAGCAACGGUCGAAGUUCAAAGACAAAACUAACAGAACAUUUGUUAAGCGAGGAGGACCCAAGCCACCAAAUGGGAAGCCGAAAGUGGAUCCGACAAAGGAACACGCAUGA